CUGAAAAUUCUUCCGAAAUUAAACGGUUCAUUUGGCUUUCGGUAGCAUGUAUAUUUGAAUGUCUUUAUUUUAGAAAACUUAUUGGAUCGGGAAAGCCGUCAGUAGAACAUCCGACGUUUUCCAAAGAAGUGGUACUCCUUCCAGAUGCUGAAUGCCAGAAAGUGCCCAGAGCUGCAAUUAAAGCGUGGCUGUUCGAGUCUGGUCAUAUCAAAUCAGCGGUGGAAUUCAAAGUGUGUUGGGAUGAAGGCUGUUCGUGAAGCGUUCAAGCCAAAGCUUGAUACGUGCGGGCUUCAAAUUUUACUUGGAUGUCACAGCAAACUGGUGGUGCCAUCCUUGACGAGCCUCCAAACUUUAAAUGGCUUUGUGAUCAAAAAGAUAUUUCAUCAGAAGUCUAUCUAUAUAAGACCAGAUACAACACUGUUGACUUUUCCUGAGGCAUCUCCAUCAAAUUCUGAAGGAGAAAUAAUUGAGGAGCAGAAGAGUGAAAGAGAUUUUGAAUCUUUAGAAAAAAACAGAAGUGAUGCCAUUGAUGCAAUAAAAAUUCAUAGCACCGGAAAAGUACAAGAGCAAUCUACUAUGUCUCCUAAUCAAGGUGCAAUUUUUACUCCGCUUGCACAAAACUUUAAUGAGACAUCAGGGGAGAUUUACAGUGACUAUGUUAACCUUCUUGAAAAUGAAGAAUACUUGUCUGAAGAUUCCGAUAUUCAAGAAGCAAUUAGCAGAUCAUUGAUGGAAGAGACAUUUAAAAUCCAGCAAGAUACAUCAUUGUCUGUUGAACAAAUACUGAUGCCACUUACCACUGCAAUAAAUGAACAUGAAGUUACUCGGUUCAAUAUAAUGCGAAGAAAUGUUUGGGAUGGCACAGUGAGAGCAAUGAGUAGACCAAACUUUACUCCAAAAAAAAGAAUUGAUGUAAAAUUUACUGACGAUAUUGGCAUUUCUGAAGGAGCAGUAGACCUUGGUGGUCCAAAACGUGAAUAUUUUCGCUUAUGCCUGAAAUAUUUGAAAGAUUACAGUGGAAUGUUUGAGGGUGCUUCAGGGAGCAAACUUUUAAGUUGCAAUUCAGCAGCAUUAAAGGAAAAUUGCUAUUUUUUUGCGGGACAACUGAUAGCAAUGUCUGUUGUGCAUGGGGGGCAAUCACCAUGCUUUUUCUCCCCAAUUCUUUAUAAAUCCUUGGCCAAAGGUCCAGAAAAUACUGAAGCAGAAGUUGAGGAUAUUCUUGAUAUUGAUAUUCGUAAUCAACUUAUAGAGAUAAAAACAGCUACAUCAGACACACAAUUGCAAGUGGCUAUCAGUAGAGCAUCCUGCAUUUUAAGCCUUUCUGGGUGUUUCAAAAAAAUCACCUUGGAAAAUAAAGGAGCUGUUACCAAAGAUGUGGCACAUUGGUAUGUGUUACAGAGAACAAGAACUCCAUUUGAAAGAUUUCAAGAAGGACUGCAGAGCCUUGGAGUUCUUUCAGCAUUGCAGCAGUUUCCACAGCAGCUUCAAUCCCUUUUUAUUAAAUUGGAGAAAAAAUUAACAGCUAUUGAAGUUGAACAACUUUUCAAGUUUCGUAUGUCAGAGGAAGGAAGCAACAGAUAUGAAGCUGAAUUACUUGUAGUGGGAUUUUGGAGAGACUAUCUGCAAGAUGCAGAAUUUUGUGUUGAUGCAGUGACACUGGAAGAAAUACUUAUUUUUGCAACAGGAAGUGAUUCAGUUCCUCCUCUUGGUUUCUUUCCUGAGCCAUCUUUGGAGUUCUUGCACUGCAAGUCAAAAUUCCCUUUGGCGAAUACCUGCGACUGCAUACUUAGGAUUCCUCUAACCAACAAUUAUACUAACUUUAAAAACAAUAUGAAUUUUGGCAUUAGAAAUUCCCCAGGGUUUGGAAAGGCUUAAUGAAAAUUAUGAUGUAUAUUUCAAACAUUACACAUUAAGCAAUAAAAAAAAUCUUUUGUGGUAUUUGUACACUUUUCAACAUCAGAAUGUUUCAUUUGC